CACCACCAAGCACGUUCUUUUCUCUCCGAACACGUGUGGCAACUGGUGGUAAUAUUUGCUUGACGUAAAUGUGUUAAGAAUAUGUAACAAAAUGUCGGAAACUUCAGAAGACGAGCAAGCGCAAUUGCAAACAAGCGAUGAAGAACUCAGUGCUGACGAAGAGCAAGAAAACACAGAUGCCGAGGAAGAGGAUGAGGAAGACGAUGGCAACGAUAAAGAAACUGAAAAUGAGUCUGAUGACGAUGCGUCCGCGGCCGAUGAGGAUAAAAUUGAAAAUGGCGACAAAGCGCUAACGUGGAAAGAUCUUGGUCUCAAUGAAACACUGUGCAAGGCUUGUGAUGAGCUAAAGUGGAAGGCGCCUUCAAAGAUUCAAAAGGAAGCGAUACCUGUUGCCAUACAAGGCAAGGAUGUGAUUGGCUUGGCGGAAACAGGAUCGGGUAAAACCGGCGCCUUUGCGCUGCCUAUUUUGCAUGCGCUGCUAGAGAAUCCGCAACGUUACUUCGCACUGGUCUUAACGCCAACACGUGAACUCGCAUUCCAAAUUGGUGAACAAUUUGAGGCGUUGGGCAGCGGCAUUGGCAUUAAGUGUUGCGUCAUUGUUGGCGGCAUGGACAUGGUAGCCCAAGGACUGCAGCUGGCCAAGAAACCACAUAUAAUCAUUGCCACACCCGGUCGUCUUGUGGAUCAUCUGGAGAACCUUAAGGGCUUCAAUCUGAAGGCCAUUAAAUAUCUGGUAAUGGACGAAGCUGAUCGCAUCCUCAACAUGGACUUUGAGGUGGAGUUGGAUAAGAUUCUCAAAGUAUUGCCACGUGAGCGACGAACGUUUCUGUUCAGUGCCACGAUGACGAAAAAGGUGAAGAAACUACAACGUGCCUCACUCAAAGAUCCUGUCAAAGUGGAAGUCUCCAACAAAUAUCAAACUGUCGAUCAGCUACAGCAAUAUUAUCUAUUUAUACCUGUAAAAUACAAAGACGUCUAUCUGGUGCACAUCCUCAACGAGCUGGCUGGCAACAGUUUCAUGAUCUUCUGCAGCACUUGCAACAACACUGUGAAGACUGCAUUGAUGUUGCGAGCUCUGGGCUUAGCUGCGAUUCCGUUGCACGGACAGAUGUCGCAGAACAAACGCUUGGCAGCGCUCAACAAAUUUAAGGCGAAAAAUCGUUCGAUUUUGAUAUCCACCGAUGUUGCCUCACGUGGUCUUGACAUUCCCCAUGUGGAUGUGGUGGUUAACUUUGAUAUACCCACGCACAGUAAGGAUUACAUACAUCGUGUGGGACGCACAGCGCGUGCCGGACGUUCCGGGCAAGCCAUCACUAUGGUCAGUCAGUAUGACAUUGAAUUGUAUCAGCGUAUCGAACAUUUGCUGGGCAAACAGUUGCCUCUAUACAAAUGCGAGGAGGAUGAGGUGAUGGCUCUGCAGGAGCGUGUGGCGGAAGCACAACGUACAGCGAAACUGGAGCUCAAGGAUCUGGAGGAUAGCAAGGGCUACAAGGGUGGCAAAGGCGGUGGCACUAAGCGUUCGGCUGCUGGAGGGGAUCACGAUGAUUCGGAACAGUUUACGGGUGCGCGCAAGCGCAUGAAACCCAUGGGCAAGGGUGGGAGUAACAACUAUAAGAACAAGGGGGGCGCUGGCGGUGCCAAAAAGAAUUGGAAUCGUGGCAAAAAGCGCAAUUAAUUAGUAAUAUAAAUAAUUUAAA